AUUGUGUUUGGGUUGGACUAUGUAACCGCUGUUGUAAGGCCUUUCGGAUAUGGCCUUUGAUGUCACCAGAGGAGAAAGUUACGAUAUCUACGGAAGAAGGUUCGAUAUCUACCCCCCAGAGGAUAUGCUACGAAUUGAUUGCGAGAGGCAUAGGCGCGGGGAGCACUAAUACGGCUUCCAAUGAUCCUAGAACUUCUCAGAGUUACGGGAUGUGUUCCGAUUUUAUAUUGAUUAGAUAACUAAGAUCAAAAACCAAAAUAUAACUCUAAAUAAGACAGACUCGUGAAAUAUUUUAUUACAACUGUUUAUAAAUAGUAACUUAUAACAAAUCUCAAACGACG